AUGAGCAUCAUCCUGGACCUCUCAUCGACAAUCUCCAUUCUUAUCUCUGCGGCCGUCUCCAUCAUUUAUACAUUUUUAGGAGGCCUCUACGCGGUUGCAUACACUGAUAUCAUCCAAUUGUCGUUCAUAUUUGUCAGCCUGUGGCUCUGUAUUCCGUUCGUGAUCCUCAGUCCUGCGGUGACUGCCUUGGUACAAACGACCCAACUCAACCAUUCAAGCGUCCACUCGUGGAUCGGAGAGGUGAAGUUUGAGGAUGCAGGGAAAUGGACAGAUGACUUUCUCAUUUUGGCUUUAGGUGGACUGGCCUACCAGGCUUUGCACCAGAGGAUCCUGGCAGCGGCUUCCUCAUCCAAGGCUCAGGUUACUUGUUUUGCGGCCGCUGGCGCUGCUUUCUUGAUGGGAAUACCGCCGGUGAUCAUCGGAGCUGCGGCAGCAUCCGCAGACUGGAACCAGACAGAAUACGGCCUACCGCCACCUUAUGAUCGCGGGGAGGCAGGGAAUGUCCUGCCAUUGGCUCUGUCCUAUAUCACACCCAACUGGGUGUCCGUGUUAGGCAUUGGCGCCUUAGCAGCGGCGGUGAUGUCCUCCAUGGACUCAUCAUUGCUGUCGUCGGCGUCCAUGUUCACCCAAAACAUAUACAAGACGUCUUUGAGAAAGCAGGCAUCGGAUAGGGAGUUAAAGUGGGUGAUCCGGAUAAGUGUGCUCCUGGUGGGCCUUGCUGGAACGGGUCUGGCCUUCAACAAGAGCAGCAUCCUUGCGCUCUGGGUGCUCGCUGCCGACCUGCUCUACUGCGUCGUGACCCCUCAGUUGUUUUGUGUGGUGCACCUCCGAGUGGCCAACUGCUACGGCGCCAUCAGCGGCUACGUGAUAGCUCUGCUGCUGCGCGGGCUGAGCGGCGAGCCCGCGCUCGGCAUCCCUACUGUGCUGCUCUUCCCGGGUUGGAGGGAGCGGGAUGGCGUCAUCACGCAGUACUUUCCCUUCCGGACUCUGAUUGCGUUCAUUUCCCUGGCGGCUGUCGUUCUCGUAUCCUGGCUGGUCGAGCUGGCCUUCGCUCGCCGGCUCAUUCCUCAGUCCUGGGAUGUGUUGGAUGCGUUUAACAAGAACAUUGAGGCAGAAGAGAAGGAGAUGGCAUCAACAAUUUCUAAUGUGGAAAAGAAGUAUGUUUCUAAUACAGCUUUAUAG